UUAAGUUCUUUAUUAAAUAGAAAUAUUACUGUUGAAUUUUGCUGGGUUCCGGGACAUUCAGGAAUUUUUGGUAACGAACUUGUAGAUAAGCUUGCCAAAUCUACAGAAAAUAUCCAAGUUUGUGAUUUAAAAGUACCUCAAUCCGAUUUAGUACCUUUUGUUAAAGAUCUUAUGAUUAGACGGUGGAACAACUUGUGGUCUAAAUCCAAAGAAGUCAAAGGGAAAUGGCUAGCUGAAAUAGUCCUGGCACCUAGCACCAAGUCGUGGUUUGAAUACCAAAGAAAAUAUGUAGAAAGGGCAUUUAUUACAACUAUGUGUAGAUUGCGCAUUGGUCAUGCUCGUUUUCCUGCACAUCUUUUCAGAUUAAAGCUAAGCGAUUCUGCUGUUUGUGCACAUUGUAAUUUUAAUGUAUGUGAUCUCGAACAUAUAUUUUUCCAUUGUCCUUUAUUUAAUUUACAAAGGCUAUUGUUUGUUGCCAUGUGUCUGGAUACAGGUUUGCGAGUUCUGCCAAGCUCCGUUCAGGGCCUUUUGAAAUAUCAACAAUUAUAUCCUGUAAUCUAUGAAUUUGUUCUUCACACUAUUGGCAGUCUGUAAAUGAUU